GUAACGCUCACCGUACUCAACUUUUUUUGAGUGCGGUCGUACGCCUCCUCUGCAAGAGCAGUCUUCAUUUGACUGCAUGCAUGCACAUGCUCCAAGCUCCUCGUUUUCCUCUCAGCUGAAUUGGCGGCAGUCCGCAAUUCCUGGCCUGUCUGUCCAUGCUGUGGAGAGGGACAGGUCCAUGGUCAAUCUAUCAUCGACUGCCAAUUCACCGCCUUUUUCCAUGCAAUUCUUUUACUCCUCGCCCGCCCCUCCUGCUGUUUUGGAGUGCUCGCUGCGAAUCAGCAAGUGCUUCGGCGAGUGCCUACCUCCGGCAAAACGCGCCCGUUCCCGAACCCGGCCACCAAUGGUUAGAAAACAGGGACGAAGAAAAACUUUUCGAGCUACAGGUGACGCGAGAGCAACAGAGCACAGGACAGCAUGCGAUCACCCGCAAAGCGACCGUAGAUGCACUAGAGGUGCCGAGUGGACUCCUAAGGUGGUUAGAGGAACACUUCGGUUCCGAACCAGCUCGCGAACAUAUUUUGACUAUUUGUCUACCACCCAUCGAAAAUCAGAGUUGGUUUCAGUUCUUGAACAACGCAGACUCUGUUUGCCGCGCUGCAGAGGUGCUGGCUCAAUCAAAUCUGCCCAACGAUGCUCUUUACAUCCUACAUGCGGCACACAGCAUCGGACUCAGACUCAAGCAAAACAUGUACGAACGCAUUGCAUACCACCUUGCGAUGUCCCGAAGAUGGUUUCAUGUCCUUUCCGUUUCCGUUGCUGCACAACAUGCUACCAGGAAGACAACAGCUCGUCUGUUGAAUUGGCGUGCGAGGGCUUAUGUAGAAGUGCAAUAUUUCAAGGAGUUGGAUCGAAUUAUCGAACAAUUCGAGGCACACGGUCUACAACCCCAGCGUCGCACAUUCAUGAUAAUUUUACGGGGACAUCUGCGCAAUCACGAUCUGUCUCGAGCCACAACUACAGUCCAAGACAUGGAGAAGGCUGGAUUUCCCGUAACCGCUUCGACAUAUGCAGCUAUCAUUCCUGUUUACAGAGGCUUUGGCUUGGACGACUUCGUCCGAGAUCGAGGUCUCGACAUUCUCAACAACAGUCAGGUUGUAAGGCACAGAAGAAGAGCUCUAAAUGGGUUAUUGCGAUUACAUCUCGACAAGGACGACCUCGAGGGCGCUCUGAAACUCUUAGAGGUUUAUGGUUCUCAGACGAACAAAUACGGAACCGAAAACAUUGCCACCGAAAGUGGUUUCGACGAACAGACUGUGGAUUUGACCAAUGUACCAAGUCGGUAUGCCACCUUAGAGGACCGGAGAACUUAUACGAUGUUAAUCGACUACCUCGCGAAACAAUAUGGCCACACCAAAACUUUGAAUAUUGUCCUCAAGCGCAUGAAGGUUUCCGGCAUUGGGCCAGAUGUCAGAGUUGGUGCAUGCCUAAUACGCAUGUUCUACGCGCACGGAAAAGAACACAAAGCCCUUGUCGUUCUACGCGAUUGCUGCAAGAAUCGUAAUUUGUCUGUGAGCACUCUGAAACUUCUGGGAUUUGACCCGCGCUACCCUGGUCCUUCAUUGUUUGCACCCUAUAUCGGCGAGCCGACUAUCGAGCUCUUUAAUUCUGUUCUUCAUGGUGCCAUUCAAAUUCGUGGAUUAGGUGCUACUCUCCUUGUCCUUCAACUUAUGAAGGAGGCCUACAUUAAGCCCAACCACAAAACCCUCGAGACCGUCUUGCGGCACCUUGCAAAAGAGAGGGAAAUCCUGACCAGAGAUGUUGCCGAAGUUAUGCAUUCGUUGCUUUCAUUUCAAGUUCAGCCGACUGUCAAGGUCUUGAAUGUUAUUCUCGAUAUCAUCGUUCGCACUGCAAAGCGGGAGAAGUUCAAAGAGGGAUGGAACGCGUUGGCAACCUAUGUCCGGCAAUCCAUGCAGCAGUUGAACAAGCCAAACUUGGACGAUGUAGAACGUCGUGAAGAGAUGGUGUUGGACCUCUCUUUUGAUCCCGAGCUUUGCGUGACUGAUCUCCAGUCUACCGUGCUCUGUAAUGUGUUGCAACCGAUCAUUCAGUCCCUUCACCUUCACCGAAUCAUGGCUGAUCGCGCUACCUUCGCACUCCGCAUGCGUCACGACAUUUUCACCUUGCCUCCAGACAGAGCACCUGAGGCUGUAGCUCAAAAUCUGCAGAUCAUGCGUGAUCGUGGGCUGCACCCGAACAUAUAUCAUUACUCUGCGCUUAUGGAAGCUCAUUGCGUUGCAGGUAAUCUACGAGCCGCUCAUCAAGUACUACAAGAUGCGACGGCGAGCAAACUAGUGCCUCGGCACGUCAUCCUGUACACGAUUUUGAUUUCCGGAUAUGCCCGUCGUGGACGUCCAGACAUGGCACUGAACGUAUUCAGAGACAUGAUUAACGAGGGCGUCACCCCAGACAUUUCCUCUGUUGACGCAGUGGUUGCAUCGUUCUUUGCAACCAAAGCAUUUGCCCGUGCGCGUCGUACCCUCAUAGACCUUUGGACAAUGGUUGCUCCGUUUCCGACGGACAUGCGCGUGGCGCCAAUGAGGGAAUUGAUGGUGCACCUGCGAGACAUCCGUGAUCGAUCAAAACCUCCGCGUUCAGAUGUCCCAAGACCGGAUACUUACAAAAGAGAGGAGCUACUGGCAUUGAUGCAGAAGGUUGUCGGGGAAUGGAAGAAUGUUAUGCAAGUUGGGGAUAGAGGCAAUACCCACAACGCAAAUUCCGAUCAGAGAUGAAAGACAGUUUCUACGCAUAUAAGACAGUUAUAUUGCAAUAGGGGAGUAAAUCAC